AGGUGCCCUUGGUUUCACCCCAAAAUACGCCCUUCAAGGCCACAAAGGCUAGGACUCGUGACUGUGAUCGCCAGCUCGCAGACGAAAUUGCAGAUUCAUAUUAUUGCAGCAUUAUUAUUACACCGCUUACUAUAUUUUAUACUCCAUCCAUGAAUGAUAUAUUCCCUGUAUGAAAGAAAUACCCAGCUGAUUAUAAUGCUGGUUUUGAGCUGAUUUUGUGGUGAUUGGCAGCACAAGAAACCCAGGGAAAAAAGAAGAGAAAAAUCAGUUUUUUUCCCAUCUCUUUUGAUUUGGGGCAGCCCAAGACAAUGGAGGUUCCAUUGACAUUUGAGAGACCUCUGGGUUCAAGAACAAGAAUCAUCAGUAGCAGUAGCAGCACAUCACAAGUAAAUCUUUUCUUCAAGACUAAACCUUUCUUUGGGGUCUUCCCACAUGGCUGCACCACUCUAUCCGCACAGUCUUCUAAACAGAACAAAGUUCAACUGGGGGGACGAUUUCUACAACAUAUUAGUGCAAGUGCAGAAUUUUCAAAAAGGAAGAGAAGAGUUUCAACUCCAGGAAGCGAAGGAUCUUCCCCUAAAGGAUUUUCACCGAGAACAGCAGCUGGAAUGAGUAACCGAAGAAGGGAUCAAAAGAGCAAGAAUGAAAGAGAAAGUCAAAAAACUUCAACAUCCAAAGAAUCUGAAGCUCCCUACAAGAAAAAGGUUGAUACCAAAAUUGAUGACAAUGAAGAUGAUAUUCAAGGAGUUCAAGAAGAAGAGGAAACUGGAGAUCAAGAAACUGUUACCGAUUUAACUCAGUUUGCAAGCAAUGGGGUAGCCAGAAAAGUUACAAGGAAUCGAACAAAUUCAACUGAGGUGGAACGAGUAGCAACUGGUGGUGCUUUAGUUGUUUCAGAUAGAACCAGAUUAAAGGAUAUGUCAUUAUCUGAUAAUGAAAGUUUACAGUUCAAGAAUUUGAAAGAAACAUCCAUUGCUGAAAGUAUCUUGGGAAGUGAUGCUUCAAAUGAGAUAGAAUCCGAGGUUAUUGUAAGCAGACAAAAGGAAGAUGAUCACUCUCUAAAGUUAAAGCUUGAGAUGGAAGCAAAUCGAAAAAGGCAAGCUGUUGAAAGGCUUGCCGAGGAAAAUUUCAUGGGAAAGAACAAUUUUUUCUGUUAUCCCGAUGAGGUAAAACCCGAUGAAGAGGUGGAAAUAUUUCUUAACAAAAGUCUCUCCGCUUUGAAAAAUGAGUCUUGUGUAAUAAUCACAGGAGGAUUUAACGACUGGCGUUGGAAAUCUUUUACAAUGGAUCUUAACAAGACAGAUUUAAAAGGAGAUUGGUGGUCUUGCAGGCUUCAUGUUCCCAAGGAAGCAUACAAUAUUCAUUUUGUGUUUUUUAAUGGAAAGGAUGUCUACGAAAACAACAAUAUGAAAGAUUUCUCUAUAACCAUAAAAGGUGGUAUGUCUGCUCUUGACUUUGAAAAUUUCUUGCUUGAGGAGAAGAAGAGAGAGUUGCAAAAAAUGGCCGAGGAAAAAGCACAAAGGGAAAGAGAAGAAGAAGAAAGGAGAAAAAUAGAAGCAGAGAAGGCUGCAAGUGAGGCUGAUAGAGCUAAGGCCAAACAAGAGGUUUCAAAGACAAAGAAAAUGCUAGAAGCAGCAAUGGAUAAGGCCUUAAAAUCUGGUGGUAGUGACAACUGGUAUAUAACACCGGCUGAUUUCAAAUGGAAGGAGAAGAUUAAAUUAUAUUAUAACAAAAGUUCGGGCCUGCUUUCCCAUGCUAGGGAAAUAUGGGUUCAUGGAGGACACAAUAAUUGGAAAAAUGGUGUAUCUAUUGUCACACAGCUUUCCAGAUCCAAACAGAAGGAUGGUGACUGGUGGUAUGCUGAUGUUGUUGUUCCUGAUAGAGCACUUGUCCUGGAUUGGGUUUUUGCUGAUGGGCCGCCUGGGAAUGCAAUGGUUUAUGAUAACAAUUCUCGGAAGGACUUUCAUGCCAUUGUCGUAGGAAAACCCCAGGAAGAACUGUAUUGGAUUGAGGAAGAACAUCAAAUAUAUAUGAGACUUCAGGAGGAGAGAAGGUUAAAGGAUGAGGCAAUACGGGCUAAGGCUGAAAGAACAGCACGCAUGAAGGCAGAGAUGAAAGAAAGAACUAGGAAGUCAUUUUUGUUGUCUCAGAAACACAUAGUAUACACUGUGCCUUUUGAUGUUGAAGCUGGGAGUACAGUCACAGUUCACUAUAAUCCUGCUAAUACAGUCCUAAGUGGAAAACCUGAAGUCUGGUUUAGAUGCUCAUUUAACCGCUGGACUCACCAUUUGGGCCCACUGCCACCUCAGAAAAUGCUUCCUGUCGAAAACAGUUCACAUGUUAAGGCAGAUGUCAAAGUUCCAUUGGAUGCAUAUAUGAUGGACUUUGUGUUCUCUGAGAAAGAAGAUGGAGGAGUGUUUGACAACAGGAAUAACAUGGACUAUCAUAUUCCUGUGUCCAGAUCAAUUCUUAAAGAGCCUCCCAUGCACAUUGUGCACAUUGCAGUUGAAAUGGCUCCCAUUGCAAAGGUGGGAGGCCUUGGUGAUGUUGUCACCAGUUUAUCCCGCGCCGUUCAGGAAUUAAACCACACCGUGGAUAUCAUCCUUCCCAAGUAUGACUGUCUGAACUUUACUCAGGUGAAGGACUUGCAUGUCAAGAAAAGCUAUUCUUGGGGUGGAACUGAAAUAAAAGUUUGGUUUGGGAAAGUCGAAGGCCUCUCAGUGUACUUUUUGGAGCCUCAAAACGGCUUCUUUUGGAAAGGAUGCAUAUAUGGUUGUAACAAUGAUGCAGAGAGAUUCGGCUUCUUCUGUAAUGCUUCUUUGGAGUUUCUACAGCAGGGUGGAUUCCAUCCGGAUAUAAUCCAUUGCCAUGAUUGGUCAAGUGCUCCAGUAGCAUGGUUGUUUAAGGAGCAAUACCGCCACAAUUCUCUUGGCAAAGCUCGUCUUGUCUUCACAAUUCAUAACCUUGAAUUCGGCGCACAUUUCAUUGGCAAAGCAAUGCAAUACUCGGAUAAAGUCACAACGGUAUCGCCCAAUUAUUCGAAGGAAGUGUCCGGAAACCCAAUAAUUGCCCCACACCUUUACAAGUUUCAUGGCAUACUUAAUGGGAUUGAUCCCGACAUCUGGGACCCGUUGAAUGACAAAUUCAUCCCGGACCAUAUUUUUUUAUUUCCCAAUGUAGGACCUUUGGUCAUUAUCAAAUUUCAUAUGCCUCAGAUAAUGUUGUUGAAGGGAAAAGGGCAGCAAAAGAAGCUCUACAACAAAGACUAGGGCUGAGGAGAGCCGAUUAUCCGGUGGUGGGAAUCAUUACCCGUUUAACGCACCAGAAAGGACUCCACCUCAUUAAACACGCCCUGUAUCGUACUAUGGAACGUAAUGGACAGGUAGUCUUGCUAGGGUCAGCACCCGAUCCGCGCAUUCAAAGUGAAUUUGUAAACUUGGCAAACCAUUUUCAUUCGGCUUUUGCUGACCGUGCGCGUCUCUGUCUAACAUACGAUGAACCUCUUUCUCACCUGAUAUACGCCGGCUCAGAUUUUAUCCUUGUCCCUUCUUUAUUUGAACCAUGUGGACUAACUCAGCUCAUAGCAAUGAGAUAUGGUUCUAUACCCGUUGUUCGCAAGACUGGAGGACUUUAUGAUACGGUGUUUGAUGUGGACCAUGACAAGGAGAGAGCCGAAGCUUGCGGCAUUGAACCAAAUGGGUUCAGCUUUGAUGGUGCGGAUGCGGGUGGAGUUGAUUAUGCUCUCAAUAGAGCAAUAUCUGCUUGGUAUGACGCACGGGAUUGGUUGAACCGGUUGUGUGCGAAGGUGAUGGAGCAAGAUUGGUCUUGGAAUCGACCCGCUCUCGACUACUUAGAGCUUUACCACGCUGCUCGCAAAUAAAUAAAUAAAUAAUGCAAUCUCCAAAACUUUUUCCCAAAAUUUUGUGAAUUCAUAUUGUUUUAUUUAUUUAUUUAAUAUAGCUGGUAAGGAAAU